AUGAGUGAAACAACAUUACCAUCCAUAUUUGAAGAAUUAUUUGAUGAAAUAGAAGAAACAAAAACAUUUACAAUAAUACCCAAUGAUCCAUGGUCAUCCAAUAGACAUAAUAUAAUGAUAGAACUCAUCAAACCAUCAUCAUCAGUACAAACUUUUCUAAACCGUUAUUUUGAAGAUAAUUUUGAACAUUUUCACCUCGAUGAAUUACUUUCAAAGAUUUUUCAAGUAUCGGAUACAAUUCAAUGUUUAUUAUUUGACAAAAUUUAUCGUGGUUUCCAUCAUGUGCAAGUGAACAAAGUUAUUAUAAAAGAUAUUCAGCAAUUAUUUAAAACAUGGUAUAAUACAACAUUCAAUCAUAAUGCAAAUUGUGGUCAAAUCCUUGAUUUUGAUGAUAUAGAUGGUCCAUUAUCUACCUGUACACAUCGAUCUCUUAAAUAUGUCAAUGAUCAAUGGUCUCUAGCCAAUGCUAUUUCGUAUACAUUUCAUGAAAAGCUCGAUACGGAAGAAAAAGGUCUUCAAGCAAUUCUAGUCCUAUCCAAAUUCUCACUAGUAAUUCGCGAAAACUGGAGUGGUCAACAAGUUCAAGAUUAUAUCAGUGAACAUCAAGCCCCUGAACAAAAUGGAUAA